AUGUCGAACAGAACUGCAUCUGAGGCAGAUAAAGUUCGUGGGCAGAAUCCGCAAAAUGUGAUUGAAAAAAUUACGCGAAUGAAAAUAUACGACUGCGACUAUUGGAAAGAACGUUGUUUUGGACUUUCAGCCGUGACCAUUCUCGAUCGUAUGAUAGAGCUGGACCAUAUCGGAGGAGCAUACAGUGGCGUGUUUCGUCCCACUCCUUUUAUCUGCUUGGUUCUAAAAUUACUUCAAAUCGGACCUGACAAAGAAAUAGUCUAUUCUUUUAUUGACAACGAUGAUUACAAAUAUAUCACAGCCGUGGGCCUCUUUUACUUAAGAUUAGUAGGUACCUCUUUGGAAAUCUACAAGCACUUGGAGCCCUACUAUAAUGAUUAUCGGAAGUUACGAUUACUCACUCCUACAGGAUGGAGCAUCAUUCAUAUGGAUGAGUUUGUGGAAAUGCUUUUGGAGGAUGAGAUCGCUCUGGAUAUAAGCUUGCCUCACUUGGACAAGCGACAUGUUCUAGAAGCGCGAGGAGAGCUUUCCCCGCGCGUAAGUAUCUUGGAAGAUGAGCUGAAUGAUAUUAUUAAAGAAACAGAGAACGAAGAAAACGCGUUAAAACGAAGUAAAAGUGAACAGCCCAAAGAUUCGGAAGCAAAGAAGUCGAAAGUGAGCAAUUAA